GUGCAGGCAAAACACUCAUACACAAAGUAUAAAAAAAUUUUAAAAAACCCUGACAGAUUAAAGUUAGAAGUGACCCAUACAGCAUCUAAUAAGCCUUCCUUCAAAGCGCUGGGAAAGGGAUGCUCUCAAGUUACACAGUUGGAUAAUGGGGCAAUGUUCUAGGGCACUCUGGAUACAUUUUAAGUGAGAUAUUUUCAAUCUUUGAACUGCAUUCUUAUAGCUCAGAGAUAGGUAUGGCUGUCAUUCUUCUGUAAAUGAAGAAAACAAGGACAGAUGGGAAAGAUAAAUGACUGGCUCAAGACUCUUACUAAGGAAAGUAAGUCAGGAAUGUAACCAAACCAGAGCCUGCCUGCAGGUUCAUUCUUUCCCAGGGUCAAGCUCAGUGCUGACUUUGCAGGAAGCCAGCUUCCUGAAGUUGGGACUUCCCCACUGGAGGCAGAAGGGCUAAGGGCAUGGAUGGCCAUCCCGAUUGAUGACUUUCCUCUCUCUGCCUUCUGUCAAAGAAUUCAGGGUCAUCUCCUCGCGAAGCAGCCAUGAAUGGCUGGGCUCCCCUCCCCUUCCGGCAUCAUUCUGAGGGGCAUGAUUUUCCAGGUGGAGGAGGCAGAGGAACGAGGCUUAGGAGGUGGCAAGUCAUGCAGGGCUACAGAGCCCUUUGAAUGGUGAAGGUCUGGCAGCGUUGAGGCAGUUACAGUCCGGAUAUCAGAUGCAAAAUGAAGGAAGCCUGGCCCAUCACGUCAGGUCCGGUUCCCAUAAGGGCUCUGUUUGCUCUGAACUAUCCCAGGUUUUGCACAAGGGGGUGGGGCACAAGAGGGUAGGUCCCUAGUUGGGAGGGAAGUAUAUGUUGGGGCGUGUACAUAGUCGAGUGUAUGGGGGUUCUUUGAGCCAUACACAAAACAUUGUGCUGAGACGCUGCAUUCCUGCCGGCCUGGCUUCCUGUUUCUAGAUACAUUCCUGUCCGAGUCACCACGGAGACUGCUUGGAAUCUGGGCUCCACGUUCUCCAAAUUCAGGGCGAGAUCUGGCAAAGGGUCCCCUUCUUUUCCUCCCUAUUCUGUCACCUUGGAAGGAGGAGGCCACCUAGCCUGGCGAAGAUUGCUGCCUGACAUUUUGGGCUUUCAAAGGCAGCUCUACUAGACUCAGCAUCCUGUUUCCCUCACAGUAUUUGAAAGAGAGGGUUGGUUGGGGGUGGGGUGGUGCAGCCGGCAGCCCAGGGGACUCUUGGGGCAGGAAAGGGCUUGGCCCUAAACAUCAAGGUUUUGAAGCCGGCCAGAGAACUGCAAUUCAGACUUUCAUCUUGCAGUCUGGGAACUUGGCUGUGGGCCUCAGUUUCCCGAUUUUCUAGUCCUGCAAUACGGUCGUCAGUGGUUCUCUGAUGGAGGCUCCAGUGGAGAGUGGGUUGGGAUGGGUUUCAGGAAGAAGCAAAGAGGCGAUAGGGGGUGGAGAGACUCUCUCCUAGUUAAGGGCCACUUCCUGUGGCUCAGGCUCCAGCCCCUCCUCGCGCGGUCCAGGUGCUACCUUGCACGUCCGCAUCUGUCUACAGGGGAUUUGGGUUCGGCUGAGACUUUUCCAGCUCUACUCCUUUGUAAGGAUCCUAGGGGGCUCCACUCGCCCUCAUCUGGUCAUUUGGUGGUCGCACCAUCGGCAGCUGCCUGGACAUCUUUUAGGAUGGGGUGAAGGUGGAAUCCGACAGCGUCAAGGAGGGUGGUGGCGGCUAGGGUCAGGGAAACAUUUGAACUUCCGCUCGGCCUCCAGGCAGCUCCAGGCUGCUGCUGAACUCUUGCCCAGACCCUGAAGACCCAGCCAUCUGCCUGACACCUUUCCAGUGGCACCACGAUAAGAAGUUUGGGCCGGGUAGGGGGCUAGAUGCAGCUCUGGACACAGAGCGCCCCCAGUGCUCUGGUUUCCCCAGUGCGCAGCACCCCUGCCCCUUUUACUCUUUCCUCGGCUCCAGACUUCCCACAGGCUGAGGGACCCGACCCACGCCACACAACUGGGAGCGCCGGACACUGUCCUCAUCUGUAUUCUUCCCUCGGCCAGCACGUGGGACUCCAUUUCCUUCCGGGCUCCUGUCCCGUACCCCUCCCGCACCCGCGGGUUCCAAGUCUGCGGCGGGGACACAGUCCGCGCGUGGAAUGGGGGCGGUGACCUUAGGUGGGGUUGUGAUCUCCCAAGAACGAUGGAUGAUGGAGGUCCUUCCAACGCCGGAGCUGGGCGCUCGGUGGCGGGGGAGCGGAUCCCGGGACUGAUGCCGGCGGGUCCACCGCCCUCCACCUGUACGGCCCGCCCCGGCCCGCCCCCCGCGGGGAGUGUCCUGGGGCCGCGCCCAGCUGGGCGGGGAGCUGCGGGCUGAUCGGCUCAGGCACCACUUAGGGACGCGCGAGGCUCUCUCCGGUGCUGCGGUCGCUGCGGGGGCGCCGCGUGGAGCCGGGAGUGCGCAAUGCUGAGCCGGCGGCGCGUCUUUGCGGUGGAGCGGCUUGGCGGCCGGGAUGGGGCUCGUGAAGACCUGACACAAGGCUGUGUAGUGCCAGGAGUCACCAGUACAUACAGACGGAUCCCAGAUGAAGCUCAUGGAUGUUCACUGGACUCUGGGGAAGGACAGAAUGAGCUAAGAGGGCUGGAGAGACGAAUACCACUUCUCAAACUGGCUUCCCAGGACUCAGGCAUGGAGAUGGUGGUUGGGGACAGUUCCUUGACUACCUUAUCAGGACUUUCUCAGGAUUCUCUAAACCUUGAGCUCAUGGGGAGCCCUGAGUUGCCCCCUGCCCAGCUAGAACGGCUGCUGGCCAGCUGUAAGCUGGAGCAGGUGCUGGAGCGGUCUCAAGAGCUCCCUAGCUUGUCUGGACGGCACCACUCCAUGCAGCUGCUGACCAAGCAUGGGGGUGAAGAACUCAUUUUUACAAGAGAGCAAGAGUCCACUGAAGUAGAAACUGAGUUAGAGGCUGGUCUGGAAGAAGCAGAAGUGGUAGGUGAUAUGGGGCCCGGAGCCUGGACCUGCCUCCCAGGGCAGGGUUUUCGCUACCUAGAACACCUGUGCCUGGUGCUGGAGCAGAUGGCAAGGCUCCAGCAACUCUACCUGCAGCUGCAGAUCCAGAGGCCCCCUGGGGAUCCUGAAGAGGAAGAAUUAGCUGUGGCUCCUUCACAUACUCCAGACAAUAAGGUUCAGGGGCCCAGAGAGCUGCUGAGGCAUACAAAGGAGACAGGCGCAGAGGCAGCUUCACUUUCAGAGAUGGGGCUGCUCAUCACCAACCCUCCCAGGCUUACUGAGGCCUUGUUGGAACCAACCCAUAUUUUUCCACCCUCCCAGGGACACAAGCAGGAUCUCUCCCAGUGGGACAAGGUCAAGGUUCUGCUCAAUCGGAUCCGUUGGAGGAACCCUCGACUCCCUGAGCCUCCUGCCCCUCCUGAUGGUUCUGGAUCCAGGAUAGAGUCCAGGAACCUCCCUGAAAGACCUCAGUGCCGCUCCUACCGGAAGACUUUUAUUCCAUCAUUAGUGGUUAAGAAGCCACGAGCAAAAAAUCUUUCUGUAUAACCUUUUGGUGCAUCUGGUGACUUUGGGUGGAGGGGAUUUGCCAUGAAGUCCCUCAUUCUGUGCCUUGAAAAGGCAGGAAAAGUGGUUGGGCCUUGUCCUUCAGCAGGGUGAGGGCUAAGUCCUCCUCUGAGCUAAAUGGACAAGGAGCCCUGGUUCCCUGAAAGGAUCCAAAGUGCAGUAGUUCCAGGGCUCUUCCUCCUUGCCAGAAAUCCCUGGGCUUAGGCAAUGUGAACCGACUUAUUUAACAGGCACCCGCAGAGUGUGUUUAGCAUGGUAAUCUGUUAGGGUGAGCAUGUUGCAUAUGCGUUUAUGCAUAAUGAUUCAGUCAUCUCUGAAGGAGUUGGUCUUCUUGGUGCAACUGGAAGUACAAAGUUGAUCUUCAUUCUACAAUGGAAAGUUACUGACAUGGAUUUCUAAUUUCUUCCUCGUAUCCAAGAUAGCAGCCCUGGGACAGAAUAGCACUGAUUUGAAAACAUCUGGAUUGAAUCUUGGCUCUGGAGAAGAGCCCCUGAAGAACAAGAACAAUUCGGGGAGUAGCAGAAUAACUUUCAAGGUCAAUUCUAAGUUGCCGUGUUUGGUAUUUGCAUUUACACCAUAACAAAGUCUCUUAACUUCUGAACCACAGCUUCCUUUUUGGGAUGAUGCUGGACUUACCUACCUCACAAGCUUGUUAUGAGGAUAAAAUAACAUUAAACUCUAUUAAAAUUU